ACGGGAUUGUGUACAUGGUGGUUGCUGUGGCUCCACCAUCUGGACCCUGCGGCGCUGGCCUCUCAGUUUCUCUCAGUUUCUCGGCUGCUGCUGGCUUAAUUACUGCCACCACUGCUUUCCCCGACCGACAAUUUGGCACUUCUCUUCACAAAAUCAAUUAAUAGAUUCCUUCCCCUUCAAUUGCACCCUCGCUGCUCCCUGCGCGUCCCUCGUCCAUCGCCUUCGCACCUCCACCGAGUCGAGCAUCAUCCCGAUCCUCUUCGUCGACCUCCAUUCAAUAGAAGCCGUCGUCCUCAUCUCACGCAGUCCCCAACCCCAUCUCCUCAGCCAUGUCUCAAGACCUCACAUACGCCGAGGUGUCCAAGCACAACACCAAGAAAGAUCUCUAUCUGGUCAUCCACGACAAGGUCUACAAUGCCUCCACUUUCAUUGAUGAGCAUCCUGGUGGUGAAGAAGUCCUCCUCGACGUAGGAGGUCAAGACGCAACCGAAGCAUUUGAAGAUGUCGGCCACUCAGACGAAGCCCGGGAGAUCCUCGAAGGCCUCAAGGUCGGCUCCCUGAAGCGCGUUCCAGGUGACCCAGCCCCCAAGGUUGGCGCCACUGAUAAGAUCUCUGCUGGUCCUGGUGGAAAGGGCGAUGCUGGCACCGGCAUGGGUGUAGCCAUGUACGCUGUCCUCUUGGUCGGCGCGGCUCUGGCAUAUUUCGGAUACACAUACAUGCAAACCCAAGACAAGAAAUAGAUGGCGUUCCAUGUGAUGGGAGUGCUGGCGGUGAAAAUAUUGGGUUACUGGGACGGGUUGCGUAAUUGAGAACGUGUCGACCUUCGAUUUCGUUUCUAGGACUUGCACAUUUACCGAAGGUGGCUGCAUUGCGUUGUGUUCGAAGCGAAUGCACAAGGCGCCGCAAAUCUACUUGGGCCAGAACAACCCCUUCUACACCUUUUUGCUCAGCUGUGAAUACACAAAGGAUGAACACCAGAUCAUGCUACUUCGACAUCAACCUGUCCGGGAAAGCCAUCCAUCCAGCUCAGACAACUCUUCUGGAGGAAUCCACCUACGGCGCAGACUUGGAGUUUCUCUCCUCAUCCUUGUGGUGUACCGGGACGCGUCAACCAAGUCAAAUGUUCUAUGCUUGCUACAUGGAUAGAUCUAGGGCAUUGGGUUUGGCUUUCUGUAGUUGAAAGAGCUACUGAAGUUCUGAAAUGUUGUUCCAGUUCGCGUUGGUGGCCUCUCUCGCUCGCUUUUGCUUUCGUCCCAGCCAUCAGACCCAGUGGCUUUGUGCUGUUCUUUCGAACUCGACCAACCGCAUAUCCCAGCCAAAGUG